AAGGUUAUCUCAAUUCUUAAUCCACAUACGAUUGAAUUGAUUAGAGAACACAAGUCAUAUUUAAACAGGAAUACACGGAGAAAAAUGAGUUUAAGUGCGAGUGAAGUCGCUCGAAAAGUAAGCGAAUUUUGGUGGAUAAAACUGUAAGAUAUUCUAACAUCGUUCCGGUUUGAGCAUUCGUGACCAAUUCUCUACCGUGACCAAUGCGUGUUCCCUCUUGGGGGUCUUCUACCAGUCGUUUCCGAAACAACGCAACACAGAUUACAAAGGUUGCCUCUGUCAGUGCUUGUUGUGUGGAUUGGAGACAGUUAAGGGUUUCCUUGCCGCUCAAGUCUUCAUCUCGAUUUGUCGCAAUCACAGGAAGUUGGGCAGGUGUACUUCACAAAUCUGUAUAGUUCAAGGCAGAAGACUUCAGACUUGAAGGUCCUGAAAAUUAACGCGUCGCCUGAAGAAAUACUCAGCGAUGGCCCAAAGAGCGGUAAAAUAAACACCGGAUGCAUUUGAUAAUUCAAACUACUUUGUUGUAGCAAGAAAACCGGAUAACUUGUAUUUGCGACCUAGCCUUGUUUUCUGCGGAAUUGAGGACGUUUUUGCAAGCAUCAUCGACAGAUACAUUAGCAGACACGUUAUCAUCUCUUGAAUGAAGCAAAUUUAACCGACGCAUAUCUAGUAAACCGCACUUGAUUCGAAAGCCUGAAACACUUCUGCCUGUCAGAGAUACGAGAACAAUCAUGACACGAAAACGAACUACACUCGCGCAUAAGAUUUCCCUAGUCUUACUACUGAUGCUUGUGUCUAGAGCUGAAGCAAACUAUACUCUGGGCUUGCUUAUUCCUAUGACUGAUGCGGAUUACCCAGAGAAUGGGCAAUAUUAUGCUUCCGCGAUGAGUAUUGCGGUGGAUGCUGUAAACAGACAGCAGAACCUCUUACCAGGUCAUAACAUUUCUUUUAUUUGGAACGACACUGCGUGCUGGAAGGAAGAUACGACCAUUCGUGGGUUGUUGCACCAGAUGUACGAAGCUAACGUUGCAGCGAUUAUUGGACCGGCUUGUUUGUGUAAUACUUCUGCCCGUAUUGCGGCUUCCUUUGACCUUCCCAUGAUUUCUUACUUAUGUAGCAGUCCGGAACUUUUAAACAAGGAGCUUUACUCUACGUUUGUAAGAACGUACACCCAAACUACUAAACUUGCCGAGAGCGUUUGGUUGUUACUUAAGGAGUUCAAUUGGUACAAAGUGGGUAUUGCGUUCGAGCGACUUCCUCCUUGGAGUAACAGAAAGGACGAUAUUGUAAAGUUUCUUAAGAUGAGAGGGGUUGAGAUCCGAAUUGAGAGAGAGAUUCCAGAUGAGGUUCAAGAACGUGAGAAUCAUCCGGCUAAAAUCAGACAGCUCAUGGAAGAAAUGAAACCGCAAGCGCGCAUAAUUAUCAUUGCUGCUAAUUUCUACACUGCCCGUCAGAUGAUUCUUCCUGCUUACGAGCUCGGGUUCACCAAUGGUGACUAUGCGUUUAUCACGUUCGAACUGGAUUACAAUGCAGUCUUACGCGGACAGGCUUCCCCUCAUUCUUGGUUCCUCGUCCGUACGGAUGGGACCGAUAGGUUCCGAUGCAAGAUUCAGGAAGGGUUUGAAUCUGUGCUAACGCUUGCACUGGACGUCGACGAAAACAGAGGAGCCUUCGACAUUUUUCAGACCGACGUCAAGAAACGUUCGCCUGAAGUGCCUUUUCCUAACAGUUCCGCCUACCAAGGAUAUAUUUUUGACAAUCCCUCCUUUUUACCACGUAACACAACCACGCCACCAAUGUAUGCAGCCUUCCUUUACGAUGCAGUCUACCAGUAUGCCAUCGCAUUGAACGAGACAAUAGCUCGGAACGAGAAACCAAACGGGAAAAACAUCAUUUCCAAGCUACUGAACAGGGAAUACGACAGUAUCGGUGGUCAGCGAGUUUUCAUUGACAAGAAUGGAGCUGCUGAAGUUGACCUGGUCCUUUUUGACAUGCGCUGGGAAUUCACAAGAGAAAAUUGCCCAAAUAAUGCCUCUAACACUGCAACCAUGGUACCGGUCGGAUACUUUAGGGUCACCUAUACCAACAGCAGCGAAGUCAGCUUUUCCUUCAAGCUCUCACAGAAUGAAAAGAUCGAAUGGCCAGGAGGUUCUCCGCCUGAGGAUAGCCCAAAGUGCGGUUUUGAUAAUGAUAAAUGUAACCCCCCGGAUUCUCCUGUUGGUGAAAGUGUGAAAAUGGCGAUCAUCGCUGGAAUAUCUGGCUUUGCUGGUCUUCUCAUUCUCCUGUUUGGCGUCAGCAGGAUAAGACAAAUUAGGUUGGAGAAAGAGCUGAAGAGUUUACUUUGGAAAAUAAAUUAUGAGGAAAUUGCCCUUAAAAGAUCACAUACAGGUCCAGCCGCGUUUACAGAUGAUGAACACUUUGAUUUACCCAAAGACACGGAGGAAACGGAAGCACCAUUGCUGAUGGAUUCAUUCAUGAAUGGUGACAUUAUUGGCGACUCCACCCGUUUUGGAUUUUUUAAGGGAACCUCAGUUGUUGUUAAGCGAGUUGGGACAAAACAUGUUGACUUGACACGUUCAGUGCUCUUAGAAAUGAAACAGAUGCUUGAUAUCCGUCACGAUAACCUUUCGCACUUUAUUGGUGCUACCGCUGAUCCUCCGAAUAUUUGCAUCGUGUCUGAAUUCUACUCUCGUGGGAGUCUUCAGGAAAUCCUGGAGAAUAAAGAUGUAAAAUUGGAUCACAUGUUCAUCUGUUCACUUGUUAAUGACAUCGCGAAGGGAAUGGGUCAUCUUCAUUGCACGGACAUCAAGUCGCAUGGAAGUCUCAAGUCUUCCAAUUGUUUAGUGGAUAGCCGUUGGGUACUAAAAAUUGCAGACUACGGACUUCCGACCUUUCGUUCGAAACUAACGAAAACUUUUAAAUACACUGAAUCUUAUUACGAAGAUUUGUUAUGGACGGCUCCUGAAAUUCUUAGACUAAGCAGUCGUCCUGUAAAUGGAACACAGGAAGGAGAUGUGUACAGUUUUGCCAUCAUCUUGCAAGAAUUCCACACACGAGAAGGGCCUUACAGUGCAAACUACAUGCAACCAGAGGAAAUUGUGAAGAGAGUUACAGAGGCCGAAAUACCGCCCUUUCGCCCCACGGUCGUCAACCUUAUCACUGGAGUGGAAGAGCUCAGAGAAUUAAUGAAAUUAUGCUGGGAGGAAAAGCCUGAAGCUCGCCCAGAUUUUCAUGAUAUAAGGAAGACUAUGCACAGAAUUGUUAGUAACAGUGGCAUGAAAACAAAUAUUUUCGACAAUGUGGUGUAUAUGAUGGAGAAAUACGCGGACAAUCUUGAAGAUCUUGUAAGCGAAAGAACUGUACAGCUAAUGGAGGAAAAGAAAAAGACAGACGCCCUGCUGGACAGAAUAUUACCACGUCCCGUGGCUGAGCAGCUUAAAAGGGGCAAAGCAGUGGAAGCGGAGAGUUUUCAUGAAGUGUCGAUCUACUUUAGCGAUAUUGUGGGAUUUACACAGCUUUCAUCAGACAGUACACCAAUGCAGGUUGUGACGUUUUUGAAUGCCCUGUAUACAUUGUUCGAUGACAUCAUAAGGGAGUUUGAUGUUUAUAAGGUGGAGACAAUUGGUGACGCGUACAUGGUUGUAUCAGGUCUACCAAUCAGAAAUGGCGAUAGUCAUGCUGCUGAAAUUGCAGGCAUGGCUCUUCAUCUGAUCGCUGGAGUGAAGCAGGACUUUGUGGUGCCUCAUAGGCCUGAUCAUAAAAUUGAACUGCGUGUUGGUAUACAUAGUGGUCCAGUUGUUGCAGGAGUAGUGGGAAGUACUAUGCCUCGUUACUGUUUAUUUGGUGAUACAGUGAACACUGCGUCUAGGAUGGAGUCAACUGGAGAAGGUUUAAAAAUUCACAUAAGUGAGGCCACAAAGAAACUCCUUGAAAAAUUAGGAGGUUUUAUAAUCGAGGAAAGAGGAGAUGUGUUCUUAAAGGGCAAAGGAAAGGUAAAAAGUUAUUGGCUUGUGGAUUUCGCGAAAAAGACACUACGCUUUAGUCGGCGUUCAUUUAAGAGAGUUAAAGAACACUCAGACCAACCCUCCGGCUUACUUGGAAUAUUGGAAGCCCCGCCAUCUCCCUGCAGGGUAUCUCGGACGUCUUCUCUCAGGAGAACUAUGAAAUCCAUGCAGCCUGAACCUCAAGUAGCGAAAGGAAAACACGUAGUUGACGCAAACGAUAAAUCGGACGAUUUCUCGUCUGUUUGACAUCGAACUAUUGAGUCAUCAUACACGAAGUACAAGGCUUGGAGAUUACAUCUGACGGAAUUGUCGCUGACUAUAAGAGAUAUUCUAUUAUACGCUUACAUGCUGGAAGAAUUUUUGUCGUGACGCACAUCUCAGUGUGCUUUUGAAUGG